AUGAGUUGGCAUCUCUCCUCCCUCUACUGCCCCGAUCUCUCCUUCAACCUCCUCUCUGGCCAGAUCCCUCUCUCCUUGAACCACUUACCCCAUCUCCUCACCCUCCGUCUCAACUCCAACAACCUUUUCGGCCCAAUCCUCGUCAUCACCCUCCCUAAUCUACAAGACCUGAACCUCUCCUCAAAUUCCCUCAUCGGUCCUAUCCCACCCUCACUCUCCUCUUUCCCACUGGCAUCAUUCGCCGGAAAUUCCGAAUUCAUCUCCCCUAGUUCUGGAACCAGGAAAUAUCCUGCUAGAACCAGGGGAGAUGAACUCAACAUCGGAAAUCCCACCCUCCCCACCGGAUCUCCCACCAUCACCACGAUCUUCUCAUCCCCAAGAUCCAAACUAGAUCAGGGCAUCCACCUCUUAGGAAUGAACCACGCUUCCCUGAUAGCUAUCAUCACCGGUGACCUAGCAGCUCUCCUCAUCACCUUCACGAUCCUCUUCCUCUACUUCUGGCCCAAGAUCGGAUCCAAACCUCCCUCUCAUCACCUCCAAGAAGGCGAGAAGAUUGUCUUCUCCUCUAGCAAGGAUGGUUACGUCACCGCUUAUAAAGCCGUGCUUCAAGACAAGAACGUCGUUGCUGUGAAAUGUCUUCAGGAGACGGGAUCAGGCUUUGGUAAACGUGAAUUCGAGCAACAAAUGGCUAUUCUUGGCCGGAUCUAG